AGUUAAACUACGCGCAUGCGCACACAAGGCGAAAGUAUGGCGACUACCAGUGAAAAUAUCGAGUGUAUGGGAAGCACUAUGAGGAGAAGACACAAAGGCGAAAUUAGUAAUUUAGUUGAACAGUCAGAGAACAGCAAUAGUGAAACAGUUCAACAAAAUGAGAAAUACGAUAAGAAAGAAAAGGUUCGGCUGGGAACAGGGACUUACUGGCUCACUAGGACUGUGCUAUUGCGGUCUAUUGCCUGCAUGUAUUUUAUUGCCUUUACUGUGGCUUACAACCAGAACAAACAGUUGAUUGGGGACAAGGGCCUCACACCUUGCAAAGACUACCUGCGUAGUGUCAAACGUUAUGUGGGUGGUAAGAUCGGCAUGGCUGCACUCACAUACGCUCCCACUAUUUUGUGGUUCUUGGACUGGGAAGACAUGAAUGGCAACCUAGAUGGCAUUGCCCUUGUAGGAUUGGCACUUUCUGGCUUUGUCCUCAUAUUAGGGACGGCCAACAUGAUUAUCAUGGCAGUGCUGUGGAUCCUGUAUCACUCCAUAGUAAAUAUUGGACAGCUGUGGUAUUCCUUUGGUUGGGAGAGCCAGUUACUUGAGACAGGAUUCCUCUGUAUUUUUCUGUGUCCUUUAUGGAGUCUUGCACAGAUUCCACAUAACUGCCCACCUUCUCUCAUCUCCAUUUGGUCUUUCCGUUGGCUCAUAGUGCGAAUAAUGCUUGGUGCAGGCAUGAUCAAGAUCAGAGGAGAUCGUUGUUGGAGAGACCUGACCUGCAUGGACUAUCACUAUGAAACGCAGCCUGUUCCUAACCCAAUCUCAUACUAUUUACACCACUCUCCUUGGUGGUUCCAUCGAUUUGAGACCCUAAGUAAUCACUUUAUUGAGCUUGUUGUGCCUUUUUUCACAUUCAUGGGCCGACGCAUGUGCAUGGUAAAUGGAGUCCUGCAAAUCCUCUUCCAGGUAGUUCUUAUAAUCAGUGGGAAUCUUAGCUUCCUGAAUUGGCUAACUAUAGUACCAAGUUUAGCUUGUUUUGAUGAUGCAGCAUUAGCAUUUCUGUUCUGGCCUGUUCAACAAACUAAAUGGACUUUACUGAAGCUGCAGAAUGAGGAGGCAGCAGGACAAACAGCCACUAAAGGCAUGCUCAUUAGGCGAUUGGUUAAUGUGGCUUUUGGAAUUUUAAUUGCAUAUUUGAGUGUUCCUGUGGUGAUCAACCUUCUAAGUCCUAGGCAGGUGAUGAACACAUCUUUUGAGCCUCUCCGUAUUGUCAACACUUAUGGGGCUUUUGGAAGCAUUACUAAGGAGAGAACAGAGGUGGUGUUUCAGGGCACACUUAAUGUUACACACUCUGAUGAGGGUGUUGUAUGGGAGGAGUAUGAGUUUCUGUGCAAACCGGGAGCUCUAGAUAGAAGACCUUGCCUCAUUUCCCCUUAUCACUACAGACUGGACUGGCUGAUGUGGUUUGCUGCCUUCCAAACAUAUGAGCAGAAUGAAUGGAUCAUUCAGAUAGCAGGCAGACUUCUAGCGAAUGACUCCACUGUGCUUUCAUUAAUUGACCAUAAUCCAUUUCAGGGAAAAGACAAACCUCGGUGGAUACGAGGAGAACACUUCAGAUAUAAGUUUACCAAGCCUGGGAGUGCUUCUGCAGCCAAGGGGAAAUGGUGGGUCAGAAAGCACAUUGGGCCUUACUUCCCCCCAGUCAAUUUGGACGGCCUCAGAAAGUACUUUCGGUCAAGAAAUUGGCCGCAACCAGAUGUCUAAUUGACUAGUUUACAUUGACAGCAGUUUGUCACACACACAGAAUGUGCACCUUCAAAAAUUCAGGCAACUCCCUUAGAAGUACUCUACUCACACUUCACAUAGGUGCAGAAUAAUGCAAAUAAAUAUAUAUAUUUUUUGCGAUACGUGUGUGUAUAUAUAUAUAUAAUCAUAUAAAUAAAUGUAAAAACAAUAAAUGAAUGAUUAUACCAUGA